AUGGCUAAAUCAAAGGGAAAGAGGAAGCAGCAGAAUCUACCCAUUGAGCAAAACAUCAAGAAAGUGAAGACUACAAGUAUUAUCACUCCACCUCCGGAGGUUUCGACUGAACCCAAGACUCUCCACGACCUUCUAAUCGCCGAGGAAGAUAUCGAAAUAUCCGUGGACACACUCAAAAUAUUAUCGCAGAAUCCUGCUCUGAUAAAAUCGAAGGCAUGCAAGGAAUUGCGAACUGCGGUUUUCGACUUUCGAAAUGCUUGCACAACAGGCUUCAAUGCUUCUAUCGACACAAACCCUACGGCUCGUAUCAGCGGUGCUCUUGCAGAUGAAGGCUAUACCGAAGCUAGAAUUUUACUUGGGGAGAUGCGAAUCCGAGGGCAAAAGCCCAAAUUAGGUGCGCUCUGCCGAUGGGUUCGAGAUUUGGACGUCGUUAGUGGUUUAGCAGAGCAACUUGACGAAACCGCAGCCAAGCGAACGGCGAGAGAGGAGCAAUUAUUAGUUGUGCUGGAUGCGAUACUGCGAGUCACCGGUCCAGUGGACUAUUCAACCGAGGAUGGUGUAGACACAAAUGGCCCCAUUGUACCAAGGAAAGCAUGGAACCUGAGGGAUGAGUCGGUGCCGCGCAAGCAGAUCUAUAAUUCGGUUCUAGACGGUAGCAUAUUCAAUCACUUGCCAAAAGAUAUCAAGUCUCGAUUCCGGGUCAUAGAAACAACACCAGGAUUGGACCGCAAGCCAGCAAACCUCCAUCCGGCGAUCCUCUGGGCAUCACAGGACAAUGCCAUUGCCUUUUCUGAUACUCCUCCAAAGACAACUCACCAUACACAUCCAAUUGUACCAAAUCUACAUCUACUUAAGGAUGUUCUGAGUCCAGAAGAAUGCAUUCGAAUCAUUGCUGCUGGCGAGACGGUUGGAUUCACACCAGAUGCCCCAAUACGCGAAGAAGGUGAGGAGAAUAGCAUCUUGGCUCACAACUUUUAUUGGGUUGCGGAUAAUGCUUUCUGUGAUGGAGUGUGGAAUAGAGUUAAAGAAUUCGUUCCAGUGCAAGUCAAUGGGAAACAGGUAAGAGGUCUGAACAGAAGAUUUCGUGUAUACCGUUACGUUCCUGGUGCGGAAUAUCGUGCCCAUAUCGAUGGUGCUUGGCCCCCUUCCGGGAUUGACCCCACGAAUGAUAAAUACAUCUAUGACUCCUCUCCAUCUGAAGCAAAGCAGUCUUCUUUAUUCACAUUCUUGAUAUAUCUGAACGAUGAGUUUGACGCUGGGGAGACGACUUAUUUUCUUCCAAGCGCCAAAGAAGGUAGCAUGAAUGCGUAUUCAAUAAAGCCGAUUCAAGGUAGUGUGGCAAUGUUUCCACAUGGUGAAACUGAGGGAAGUUUACUUCACGAAGGCACCGGUGUUAAACGAAGCUCGAAUGCUUCAGCGAAGUACGUCAUUCGAACCGACGUCUUAUAUGAUGUCGAUGGCAGAUGAGAAAAUCUGUUUGCAGAUCAACAAGUAUGAUACCAAAAAGCUCGGAACGUGUUAAUUCCAAAAUCUUGUCCACGUGCCAAGACUUUCCCUCCCAAUAAGCUCAUUGCAAUACAAGAGAAAUAAGAGUGCAAAUAAACCCAGACGCUUUUUUGCGCCAAAAUGUGGUCGCUGUGUUUCUGUUAGUAAGUACCGAACGGGGAUUCGGACCGGGAGUAUAGUGGUGGAUUGUGGGGAAUUUAUGCUAAAGUCAAAUUCUGUACCCCAUGGGGCCAACCAGCCGAUACAAACCAAUUACAUACGUUCAACUUCUGUGUUUAAAGUGCUUGUUUUUUCGGAGUGCGUAGAUAAAUGCUAGGUGAAAGGCACAU